CACUCAACAAGGGCAGCUCGACGACGCUUUUCUUUCUCGAGCAUCCAGCACCACGUCUAACUCGCGGUCUGCCUUACUACCAAGAGCAAAAAGCCGGCGGAAAACCCCUGUUCGUCGCGCGCGUAUCUUGGGCCGGACAGGUCAAGAGAACAUAGACUCCAAAAAGAUCAAGGAAAGAAGAGCGCUUGGAAGCAAAACAGAAUGCUUCGCUGGUACCAGGCCAAACUCAGAUCGCGGCCGCUGCUGACGCAGAGCGCCACGACGCUGGUGCUGUUCGCGACGGGCGACGCGAUGGCUCAGCAGCUUGUCGAGAAGCGCGGCCUCAAGAACCACGACGUUGCGCGGACGGGUCGCAUGGCCCUCUACGGCGGUGCCGUCUUCGGUCCCGUGGCGACGACAUGGUUCGCCUUCCUCCAGCGCCGCGUCAGCCUCGGCGGCAGGUACGCCACGAUCGGAGCGCGAGCCGCGCUCGACCAGCUCGUCUUUGCACCGGCGCACAUGUGCGUCUUUCUGUCCAGCAUGGCCGUCCUGGAGGGCUCGUCGCCGGCCGACAAGCUGCGCUCGACCUACUCCACCGCCCUGCGCAAGAACUGGCAGGUCUGGCCCGCCGUCCAGUUCGUCAACUUCGCCUUCGUCCCGCUCGAGCUCAGGGUCCUCGUCGUCAACGUCGUCAGCCUGGGCUGGAACUGCUACUUGAGCUACCUCAACUCCCAGGCCAGCAACUCGGUCCGGGAGAAGGCCAAGGAUCGCUUCGAGGACACUGGAUUUGCGGGCGCGUAGCGUCACUUCCUUUGUCGUUGGAAGGACGGCUUCGUUUGACUGGCCAGAAUACCGGCAACGACGUUUGAUGCUUCCUUUCGUACAUGAUCUACAGUGUGGUCUGCCUUUCUGAGGAGGACACUUCACGCACAGAUACCCACGUUGAUUUGCGUUUUGGAGACUCUAUAAACCGGAGGCGUUCAUGAUCCCCUGUACAUUCACAAACAUAUAGACAGAGUCAUCAAAGUCAGAAUUGGGACAAUCGGCAGAUGGGAUAAAAUCACAUCGUAGUUUCAGAUAUGGAUCCAUUUUUUUUUGAGUAGGAAAUACCAUAGGCUCGUCUUACAAUCGUACUACCCAAUCAUAUCAAAGAGGUAGAUUCUGAACCCGUUCGUUUUUCAUCCUCCAAGGAGACAGAAAUACACCAGAACCUUGCUGGUACACGAACGCCGCCCAACACGCCGUUGAACCAUGGGUAUGGAGGGGUAGAGCAGGUUAAAAAAAGAAAAACGACGAGGAGCAUAAAGCUACAGUACAUUUCCAAAAUGGUAUAAGCCUGCACUAGGCAAAACAGCGAGCAAACCAGGUCAAGAUAUGGCAAUGUGGGAGUCGAGAGAUGAACACCCA